UAAAGAAUUAAAUGUUAAGAUUUGAUAUAAACUCUCGGUGGGACGGGAAGCUGGAUCCUGGAGUAGUAUAAGUCCGGACCUAGAGUUCUGUGCUUUGCUUCGGUUUAUGUUAACAUGUUUGUUUAGCAAAAACCAUUUCAUUCCUUAUUGGAACGAUGUAUGGACGUCUAAUACUCGCUGGCCCCAUUUUGGUGGCAAUCCUGGCGCUCUUUCUUUCCCCAUGGGAGACACGAUCAAAAUCAGUUACUCCACCGGUUACGGGUCGUAACAACACAGUUCUAUUCCUAGUAAACUGUGAAUAUGGUCUUUCAAACGUGCAUAUGGCAGCAGCAAAUGCUCUACUAGAACGACAUCCCGAAGUUCAUAUACACUUUGGGUCUUUCCCAUCUAUGGCCCCUAGACUAAAGCAUAUCGCAGAACAUGCUAGCAAGAAAACAUCAUCCACGCGAGAAAUCGUAUUUCACGAGCUUCCGGGACACUUGUUAUUUGCAAGUUUCUUUGCAAGACUCAACAAGACGGUUACUGACAUUGUACAUCCACCGGGUCUCAAGGGCGCCAAUGAGAAUAUCAGGGAUAUGGCUUAUUAUGUUUCGCCGUGGACAGCGGAAGACCACAUGACUCUCUAUGAACGUUUUAUAGAAAUAAUAGAUGAGGUAGAUCCUUCUCUGAUAGUGUUGGAUGUUUUCGUACGGCCAGCCAUCGACGCGACACGGAAGCGGAAUAGACUACAUUCCGUCAUCACCCCAAACUAUCUUAUUGAUAAUUUCGCUAUUUACCAACCAUACCUAAGCUGGCUAUGGAAGUACCCCAUAGGGUCCUCCGGUAUACCAUACCCCAUUCCAUGGAGCAGAAUACCAGAGAAUAUCUACCUCGGCAUACGCUACUACUACGCCAUGCUACUCAUGCCCCAUCAUAGAGCCACACUGAAAUACCUGGCUACAAAGGGACUCACAGACCGUGUAACUUGGUUUAAUGUGUACCGUCCUGAUGUUCCUUGGUUCACACAGAAUCUACUAGGCGCUUCCAUCCCCAUGAUGUACACCCCUCCCAAUGUAACAAGCACAGGACCAAUGAUGAUAUCUCUCUCUACAGUCGAGGAAGAAAGUCCAGAGCUAGCCAAAUGGCUCGCCCGGGGACCGACAGUACUCGUCAACCUCGGCAGCUUAUACAUGUGGACCGAAGCCCAGGCCUCGAGCAUGGCGGAAGCAAUUGCGCAUACGCUGAGCGAAAACCCUAAUUUGCAGGUCCUGUGGAAGUUUCGGAAAACCCCGAUAGAUGCGUCAGGUACGGUGUACAGUGACGAGUUCAAGGAGCCGCUUCUCCCGUUUAUUAAGAAUGGACGUAUGAGGAUGGAAGCAUGGUUAGACGUGGAGCCGACAGCUCUCCUGGAGAGUGGGCAUAUCGUUGCCUCGGUGCAUCACGGCGGUGCGGGAUGUUAUAACGAGGCCCUUGGAAACGGGGUCCCUCAGAUAGCUCUACCUCAAUGGGUAGACCAUUACAAUUUCGCCAGUUUGGCAGAAGAUAUCGGGGUAGGCGUCUGGGGAUGUCAGGAGACUAGCCCCUAUUGGACGACGGAGUGUCUUCGUGAGGCUUUUGCUACGAUUGUGGAUCGUAAUGAGACUAGUGCGGCUAUUCGUGAGAAGGCGAGGUAUUUUGGGGAGAUAGUUCAGAGAGAUCCUGGUCAGCAUAUUGUUGCGAGGGAGAUUGCGAAGUUGGCGGCUUCGCGAUGUUAAUGGCGCUGUUCGAGUUACCUUGAAGAUACGGAGGGCCACUCUACGAUAAUUUCGCCUGCGGAAGCUGUGUGAAUGUAUAUUUAACUUGUUCGUACAGAAGUCUGCCUAGUAUAUAUUCUGCAUAUAGAAUCCAUUUUGAUAACUUAGAGUCGAAAGAGAGAUUGAGCGUUGAAGUAAGAAUAUGGCGAUGGGUUUAUUAGCUCUCGCGUAGCUUUGUAGGUCCGUCUCGGCCUACGAUGACCCGUUUUAUGGAUACCUAGG